GGUGCAUGUGGAGCGAGCGACAGCUCACGCAGGACCGGGCAACAGACGGUGCUGGCAACCGAGCAGCAUCCCAGGCAUUGCUUGCAUCUCUGCAUCAUCAUUCAACGCCUGUUCCCGCCGUGGCCUCGAUGUCAUCGCAAUAUCCAUCGCUCUCAGCUGGGCCGCGCCGUCAGACACCGGUUCCUCGUGUGUGUGCGCUGCCCGGUCGCGUGCAGCUUCGCGCAAAUUGCACCACCAGGCCCACAACCGCAUCCUUCCCACUGCCAUCGCGGCAGAUCCAGUGUACGCGACAUGGCAGCUUUGCGGGGUUCUGCCUCUUGAGAGGCCGUUUGUUGAAACCUUACGUACUCGUCCAGGGUGGCGCUUGGCGAAGGCUUCACAGCGGGCGGCUUUUCGUUGUCGCCUCCAACUGGCAGACCAGCAAGCCCUUGCUAUCUUCUACACGGCUUCGGUGCAGCUUCGCAACGGCACUACUCACUCAUGGCGCCUCGGUCGGCUCCGUGUCCACUUGUGAAUCGUCAUUCGUCGGUCGACUGACGGUGCCUAUGCUGGACCUGACGCUAUCAGCAGUGGUGGCAGCCCUGGCUUUGGAGAAGCUGCCAGCCGAGCAGCGCCAGCCCUUGAACGCUCCACCCCGGAAGUCCUCUAAGCAAGCUCCCUAUUGCUAGAGAUGUUAGCUCCUCCGAGGCUAGCGGCCGGUAGUAGAUCGUACCCGUUGUGUGCGCUGAUUGGUGGAGACUCCGUGGCGUCCAGCCUUCUCCGUUCUGCAGAAGACCACUGUCGCCAUCCACCAUCCCAGCGUUUACUAGGGUGCAACAAAUUUUCCACGAUGUAACCCGACCAAGGCCCUCUCGUCCCUGCAAUUCGCCGUCUGGGUGUGGGGUGCGGCAGGGGUUGCCACAGACGACCAAAGCCUCGACAGCCGCUGCAAGAACAUGCGGGCACCUGGCCUACUUGCUGCAGGCCACAUCCUUCAUGCACAUCUCU